GGUGAGCCCCUCGCGUUUGCGGAACACCGACGUGUUUUGUUGUUGUACACUUGGCAAGAAAGUUGAUCGAGCCGGAAAACGAUUUAAAGAUGUUCGAUAUUGCAACGCAUAUGGACUUUGAGGGACAAGGAAGGGCCGAAAAGCUGUCCCGUAUCAUUAUCACUCUGUUCGGAGGAGUUGGCCUGAUUUGGGGCUACAUCAUCCAGCAGUUCUCGCAAACUGUCUACAUUCUGAUCGCCGGCGUACUGUUGGCCUCGAUUCUAACCAUUCCACCAUGGCCGAUCUACCGCAAGAAGCCUCUGAACUGGCAGAAGGCUCGACCAGACCCGCACCAGCCCCAAGCACAGAGUUCAACCGAUGAUACGAAAAAGAAAAAGAAAAACUAACCAGCUUACUACGGCAUUGCGUGGUGUUUAAUAGAACAGUAAUAAAGUGUCGAAACUGUGGCUCUCGGUCUACCACCAACAACGCA